AUGCCUCAGAGAAAACCAUCUUUUAAUAGUGUCUUCACCAAUAAGCUUGAUGUUGAGGAGCUUGAGAUGCUUUUGGAAGCAUACUUUGUUCAAAUUGAUGGAACUCUCAACAAGCUUUCCACGUUGAGGGAGUAUGUUGAUGACACAGAGGAUUACAUCAAUAUUAUGUUGGAUGACAAACAGAACCAUCUCCUUCAAAUGGGAGUCAUGUUAACCACGGCAACUCUGGUAGUGAGUGCCUUUGUUGUUGUGGCUGGUGUUUUUGGCAUGAAUAUUCAUAUUGAACUGUUUGAUAGUGACAAGUAG